CGUAGUUGACCGGUGUCGUGACGCAGCUAGCCAUGGCUGCCAAAGAUGAGCAGCAGCCACCGCUGCACAUCCUCUUCUUCCCGUUCCUAGCCCCCGGCCACCUCAUUCCCAUGGCCGACAUGGCCGCGCUCUUCGCCUCCCGCGGCGUCAGCUGCACAAUACUCACCACGCCCGUCAACGCCGGCAUCAUAUGCUCGGCCGUCGACCAUGCCAAUGACGACGCUCUCCGCAGCGCCCACUGCCCGGCCAUCGACAUCUCCGUCGUGCCUUUCCCUGACGUCGGCCUACCGCCAGGUGUCGAGAACGGCAUGGCCCUUGCGUCCCAGGACGACCGCGACAAGUUCUAUCAGGCAGUGACGCAGCUGCGAGAGCCCUUCGACCGGUUCUUGGCCGACUCCCGCCCAGACGCGGUCGUGUCCGACAGUUUCUUCUACUGGUCCGCGGACGCCGCCGCCGAGCACGGCGUCCCGCGCCUGGCGUUCCUCGGCAGCAGCAUGUUCGCGCGCUCCUGCAGCGACAGCAUGCUGCGCAACAACCCGGUGAAGACCGCCUCCAACGACCCUGACGCCGUUGUUUUCCUGCCAGGCCUGCCGCACCGUGUCGAGCUGCGGCGGCGCCAAAUGUUGGACCCGGCCAAGAGGCCGGACCACUGGUUAAUGUUCCAGAGGAUCAACGCCGCGGACCAGAGGAGCUUCGGCGAGGUGAUCAAUAGCUUCCACGCCCUGGAGCCAGCCUACGUCGAGCACUAUCAGACGACGCUCGGUCGCCGCGCGUGGCUCGUCGGUCCGGUCGCACUCGCCAGCAAGGACAAGGCCGGAAGAGGCACCAGCGCGCCCUCGCCGGACGCGGAAACCUGCAUCCGGUGGCUGGACACCAAGCAGCCUGGCUCGGUGGUGUACGUCUCCUUCGGCUCGAUGACUAGCUUCUCACCAGCGGAGCUGCGUGAACUCGCUCGCGGCCUCGAACUCUCAGGCAAAAACUUCGUGUGGGUGGUUGGCCGCGCAGGCGUCCCAGACUCUUCAGAGUGGAUGCCCGAAGGCUUCGCCGAGCUGAUGGCGCACGGCGACCGCGGCUUCAUCGUCCGAGGCUGGGCGCCGCAGAUGCUCAUCCUCAACCACCCAGCCCUCGGUGGCUUCGUCACGCACUGCGGCUGGAACUCCACCCUGGAGGCCGUGAGCGCCAGCGUUCCCAUGGUCACGUGGCCGCGCUACGCGGAUCAGUUCUACAACGAGAAGCUCGUCGUGGAGGUGCUCAAGGUGGGUGUGAGCGUCGGCGCCAAGGACUACGCAUCCUCCGUCGAGGCCCAUGAGGUGAUCGCCGGCGAGGUGAUCGCUGAAUCCAUCGGGAGACUGAUGGGCAGCACCGAGGAAGGCGAUGCGAUACGAAAGAGGGCCAAAGAUCUCGGCGCGGAGGCACGGAGAACGGUAGAGAACGGCGGAUCAUCCUACAAUGAUGUUGGAAGGCUGAUAGACGAGUUGAUGGCCCGGCGAAGCCAUGCGAAGGUUGGAGAAGACAUCUCACACACCUGAUGGAUUCUAAUCCGAUGGCUCAGCUCGUUUUGUGUGUGUUUGGCAACAUAUAUUGAACCUGUUAGAUUGAUUGAUUCCCAUCAAAUUCCUGACCGA